AUGUCACAGGCUCUAUUAGUGGCAGUUGAAGGUGUAGACCGCAGUGGAAAGAGUACUUUAGUUAAGGAUUUAGUCCUGAAGUUACAAAGUCAUGGACAGAGAGUAGUACGCUUAUCCUAUCCUAAUAGACAAAAUCAAACUGGACAAUUGAUCAAUCGUAUCUUGCGCAAGGAAAUAGACUUUCCUCAGGAGGCCAUGUACAUGCUUUUCUCUGCUAAUCGUUGGGAAGAUAGUGCAACUAUGCAAGCAGCCUUAUCUUCAGCUGAUGUAGUGGUUUGUGAUAGGUAUACUUUAUCUGGACUAGCUUAUGCUUUAGCUAGUGGUGCUAAUAAUACAGCAGCUAUGACUGUAGAUCAAGGCUUAACCAAACCAGAUUUAGUUCUUUUCCUGGCCGAUACAGCUGUAACUGCUUCAACUCGGCCUGGUUUUGGCGAAGAACUCUUUGAGAAGACGGCAUUCCAAGCAUCUGUUCAUAAGUGCAUGCUAAAUUUACUCCCUAACUAUGCUCAUGUUAUUAUCACUGGUACGCCAGCAGAACGUUUACGUGCGGCUUAUUUAGCGAUCAAAGAAGCCCAGAGCAUAUAUCAAUAA